CGUGACCAGACAAUCAGGGGAAAACACAGAACAGGUGUGGGCUUGGGGUGCAGGGAGACAGAAAUCAAAGAACUAGACCAGGCAAAAUUACAAAACGCAAACUCAAGAACUCAAAACACAAGCAGAAGACAUCAUCAGAAUGGAUGUCCCACUGGGAGAAUGGUCAAAAACCUACUUUGCUACUGACCACAUUCAGACAAUUUGUGAUCAGGUAAUUAGGAACGUUGAGGAAAAGACCGGGAGGGUUUAUGAUAAAUACAAAGCAGUCUUUUACAGAGUAAAGAACCUGCUUGUUCAACACUAUAUCUUCAAGGUUUAUGUUGGAGAUGAUUACCUCCAUCUAUGGGUCACAGAUGCAUGUGGUUCCACUGGUUAUCUGAACAUUGAAGUGCUGGGAGUGCAACAAAACCACAAAUGGAAUGAUCUUCUCGAACCUUUUGACCACAACAACUAAAGACCACACAGUUCGCUUCACCUUCCUCCAGGACGCUGCUUCCCAGCUAAAAUAUACUGUGUUGUUAUUCUGAGAGUUAACUGCAAUAAUGUUUGUUACAACAUUAGAUGUGCUGCAAAUAUAAAAACAUACAUUCAAUAAAUCAACUUUGGAUGUUAAA